AUGCAAGUACUAGUAUUGUAAUCCAUAAUAAAAUAUUCGAUUUAAAAGGCCACUAAAACAAAAAGUUUCUUAUAAUUUGUGAGCUCAAUCAAAUAUCCCAGGAAAUAAUUAAAUCUAAUUUAGAAAAUUAAUAUGCUGAAAGGAUCUUCAUUUAUAGGUAAUUAAUAAUUAUAGGAUCAUAAAAACAUAGGUUUGCCUGAGGUUUUUCUAAAACUUUAAAAUAUGAUUGGUAAUAAUUUUUCCCUUAUCAUAAUUUGGGAUAUAAUCUGGAACCCUUGAUCAAUAAAAUUGUAGAAAAACUCCAAAAUUCUAGUAGGAUAUCAUCAAACACUCCACGAAAUUCUAUUGAAAUAAUUA